AUGUACUUUUCUGCCAACGAUACUAUUUAUUGUUCUAUUCUAGCUGUAUUGACCCUAUUUGGUAUCGCAGCCAACUUGCUCCUCCUGUAUAUGAUCAUAUGCAGAAGUCCUCAACACCUUUCCCCGUAUCGGAUAUUCUUGGGUAACACAGCUCUUACACAGCUUUUGUUAUCAGCGAGCCUAUUAAUUACAUCACCCAGGAUAUUCCCUCAAGGCUAUUAUAUUGUAAACAUUUAUCUUGGUCCGGUGCAAUUGUUAACACCAUGGUGCUGCUAUAUGCUGUACAUAACAAUGUUGCAUCUCGCCGUAAAUUCCUUUGUGUCUUUGAUGGUUUCAAUGAUCUAUCGCUGCAUAUCACUACGGAAUGCUGUUAUAACCUCGUGCAUAGCUUUGCAGAUGUGUUUCGCUGGUUACCUUAUUCCAUUCUCUAUGGUGGCAUCAUGUGUGAGCAUGGAAUAUUCUGCCGAUAAAUCACAAGCCGCCGAGCUUACGCAUCAUUUGAUAGCAAAUAUAGAAAAAUAUGCGGUUGUGGUUGCUGCGAGAAUUCUCCAGCCUUGCGUUAUAUGGAAUAUAAUUUGUUGUUCAAUUUUUCUUCUUCCUGUGUAUGCUACGAUGUAUUUAUGCCGAUGGAAAAUCCUUAAUUAUCUUAAUAAAGUGAAUUAUGUCCAGUCCUCACAUAAUAAGCUCAACAUCAAACGAUUCGUAAAGGCCCUUACGAUUCAGUCCUUGGUGCCAACUUUGUCAAUUUUUCCGCCUGCUAUAGCUUACUUGUUGAUACAGUUCGGCACUUUACAACCCCAUUUAAUCAGUUAUUUUAUUGCACCUUGUCUGAGUAUAGGGCCUGUACUCGACCCACUGAUUACCAUAUACUACGUAUCGCCGUACAGACAUUUAGUGGAGUCAUUAUUCUUUGUUCACUCCGAUGCAUCAGGAUCAAAUCAGUCAGGAUCUCAAAUGAUGCCAUCUCGAUCUCAAUCGCUCAAACCGGCAAUGUUUUCAAUCAAACAAGUAGUUUGA